AUUAUAGCAUAUUUUUCUCAGUUGAAGCAACAUGUUUCCUAAAUCAUGAGUGCGAAUUUGUUUUAAACGCUUGUGAAUCUUGCCUGACUCUUUUGAAAAGUAAACUUCUUUAAAUGAUCAGAACUUGCACCUUGAUGAACAGAAAAGUUUAGAAUAACAACCGUUGUGGAAAGGAAAGAAUUAAGGAAAUCAAGCACAUUGAAAAGAUAACUGGGCUUAAUAGAUAAAUUAAGAUGACCUCAAGCAAGAGACUACAAGCUCUUUGGCUACUAAAACCUGCCUGGUAUGACUUUCCCAUGAGUAAAGGCCUUGGCCAUCAUCGAAUACCAGUUGGAAUCAUAUUGGCAGCCAACAAUAAAAUGGAAAUAGCUCUGGAGAGUAGGAGUCUUACCCAGGUGAGAGUACGACUCCUAAAUGAUGGCCGAAAGACUGAAGGCAAUUUUACAGUUAAAAGUUCCCUGCCUGGCCGAGCAUCAACAUUUAAACUAGACUCUGUGAGUGUUCCAUUCGUCGAUUGUGAGUACCUUGAAAAACCUCCAACAGACAAUCGCGAUAUCAGAAUAAGCUAUCCAGCUGGUUCGAAAACUCUUCCCAUCUAUCAUUUCGAUGAUAAGGAGGAAGAUUUCUUUGCACUCUGGGAUUCCCAAGAUGCAGAAUUUGCUUACGUAGAAUCAGAUUAUUUCGGUCUUCUUAUACCGAAAAUAGACAAAGAAGCUACGAGAAAGUUAGCUAAUGGCAAGCGUCUCAACGAUUUAAUUAUUUUCUACGACAACAUCUUUACCACUUACAGUCAAUUCAUAGGGUUGUCGUUCGAAGAAACUGGGACCGAUCAGAACGUAAGAAACAGGUUUUUUAUUAAAGCAGACAAAAAUGGAUUUGGGUUGGCGUAUUACGAUCUACCGUAUACGGCUAUGAACUCCGGGUCAGUCACAGACUUUUGGUUGGAUGUCAGUCCAGGGAAUUGGGGAGCUUUGCAUGAAAUUGGUCACGGACAUGAGUUGAGAAACCUAGGUGAUGAAACGUUGACUGUUAAUGAAGUAUGGAACAAUAUUCUAUGCUUCUUUUAUCAAACUAUUAAGUUUGGUAAAGACAUUAGAACUAAAGGUACUAAACAACGAGAGAUGAACAUUGCGGCAAUACUGAAAAUAGGAAUAGAAGUCAAAAGUUGGGAUGUAAUCCAAAAAUUAUCAUUUUUAACCCACAUGUUUUUGAAAGCUGGUCAGAAAUCUUUUUCACGCUUCAAUCAACUGACUCGCGAAGAAUUUGAUGGCCGUCCUUAUUAUGCCAGUGGAACAUUAUUAUUAGAAAAACUGAUGCACUUCUUUGCAAUUGAGUUUGCUGUUGAUGUUUAUCCAUUUAUGAAACUGGCAAAAGCAGCAAUACAAGAAGGACAGCUAUAUGAACAUUACUAUGUUUUAUCCAGUGUAGCCUAUCCUCUGAACUACAUCAUAAGUGAUGUCAAAGAAAUGCUUGAUGUUUAUAACAACCUGGGUUUACAUCACUUAACUAGUUUGGUUACUCCAACAGAUUUGAAAUCCACACAAAUGAAAAAUGAUUUCACUGUUGACAUAGAUAACCAAAUACUUGGUGAAAUAACAGGCGAUAUGCUGAAAUUGAUGGACGGAUCUCGAACAGUAGCUCAGCAAAAAAUCCAGAGUCAAAUUAUUACUUUUCAGGAUGUACCUAUAGGAGUAUACAAGGUUUUUAUCGAGCCAAAUGCUAAGAAUAUGAAGCUUGCCUUUGAUGAUUUUUAUGCAAUAGUACAUGCAAAUUAUUCGAAUAAGUUAUUUCUUACAGGAAAAGUAAUGAAAGAUCCCUCUCUUUCACUUGACAAGAUCAAAUUUCUUGGACUAGCUGAUAAUUACUUUGCCAACCUGACAGCCAAUCCUUUUAAAGAAAUUCUGACCUUCAGAUUUUUUUCGAGCAAUCCUCAUAGUUAUUUUGAAAAUAAGAAGUACGUUAGCCUAAACGUAAAGAAUCAGAGAAACGAAGUUCUUUUCAGCAAAAGUUUAGAUGGCAAUAGCUCUAAUACUGGAGUGUUCGAUAUACCUAUGAAAGGAGAACUACAAGUUGAAAUAUUCCACGAAGAAACUAAGAUUCGCCUAAAAACAGACGAUCCCAUGAUGGAUGUAAUUAUAGAUCGUACAGCUAAGACAAACUAUUUCACUGUAAAUGAACUAGGCUUUCAAAACAAAAAUAAGAAUGCUCCAAAGGAUUUGUUAGAGAAGAAUUUCUUAAGGAAGAUUGAAUUCAAAGCAAAUAAAAUUCGAAAUAAGAUUUCCCUGUUUGUAAAACCUCAUUGUCAGCCAAAAUAUAAUUUACUCUUAGCUGUUGAGGCUUUCGAACGUCUGUUCAGAAAUAACAGCGUCGAUAAAAGUCUCAGAGAUAAAUACAAAGAUUGUUUGCCAUCCCCUUAGACAUCCAAAACAAACGACCUGAUUAGAAAAUACGAUCAAUUAUUAAAUAGAAUCUACAAAUUUCAAAUUAAAAAGAGUAGUUUUCAUUUGAAACUCUAAACUGUUUUGUCAGUGAAAUGGCGACUCACUAAACAACAGGAGAAUUAAUGACAGCAACAAUUUUAAACUUGGAACUGAGUUAUAUUAUUUGCAAUUUAUUUAAGUAUUUCUCAUUAAAUGCCUAAUUACUAUUGAUAAAACGUUGAUCAUGAUAUUGCUUAUUCAUUAUUUUAAAUUAUAAAAUAACUAUUCUAAAUAAUAUCUUAUUUUCAUAUAAUCGAUUUAUAAAGUUUCUUACAUUGAUCUAAAGUUUCAAUUUAUUACUUUUUAUAAAAACAUUACAGUUAUAUUAGACCCUGAUUAGUGAGACCCUGAUUUGAUAUGUAUUCUUAUAAUCUCUUUAUAAUACUAUUUUUUAUUAUUUUAAAUUUCAUUUAUUAUUUAUCCUAAAAGAAAAUUUGAUAGUUACUGCGCAUUAACUAAUUUUAACGUUUUUCUUCCAUCUAUAUACAAUUUAUAUUUUAAAAAUCUGAUAUUACUUUGCUCUUUAUAAUAACUGUACAAAAUAUUCAUGAGUUGAUUUGUUAUAGUUUUUUAUAUUUUCAUGUAUUACAAUUUUUAUUUUUGAAAAAAAUUUCACUCUUUUAUAUAAAAUCAAAU